AUGGCGGCUAGGGACCGCUUCGGCGUCUACGCUGAGCCAGGCGCUUCACCGUUGCAGCGGGCAAUUCGAAAUGCCUGCGAUCCUCAAAACUACGAGCCGAACCUGGCCCUGAACCUCGAAGUUGCGGAUCUAAUCAACUCCAAGAAAGGCAAUGCGCCCCGGGAAGCCGCAUUCGAUAUCGUUCAUCUCAUCAAUUCCCGAAAUCAAAAUGUCGCAUUAUUGGCGUUGGCGCUACUCGAUAUUGCCGUCAAGAACUGCGGAUAUCCAUUCCAUCUCCAGAUCGGCACAAAGGAAUUCUUAAAUGAAUUGGUCCGCAGGUUCCCCGAACGACCACCCAUACGGGCCUCCAGGGUCCAGCACCGCAUUUUAGAGUCGAUCGAGGAGUGGCGCCAGACUAUCUGCCAGACAUCGCGCUAUAAGGAUGACCUAGGAUUUAUUCGGGACAUGCACCGUUUGUUGCUUUACAAGGGGUAUAUGUUCCCGGAGGUCCGCCGAGAAGAUGCUGCGGUCUUGAACCCAAGUGAUAAUCUCCGCUCAGCUGAUGAGAUGGAAGAGGAAGAGAAGGAAGCACAGUCUGCCAAACUCCAAGAGUUGAUUCGCAGAGGAACUCCCGCCGAUCUACAGGAAGCGAACCGGCUCAUGAAGGUUAUGGCAGGAUUCGACAAUCGGCAUAAAACUGACUAUCGAGCAAAGGCCGCCGAGGAGGUUGUUAAGGUGCAACAAAAAGCCAAAAUCCUGGAAGAGAUGCUGCAGAAUCAACAGCCCGGGGAAGCUCUCCCCGAAGGCGACGUUUUUGAGGAACUUGCGAGUGCUUUGCAGAGCGCUCACCCCAAAAUCCAGAAAAUGUGCGAGGAAGAAUCGGGUGACCCCGAGGCCGUCCACAAGCUAUUGGAGAUAAAUGACAGCAUACAUCGCACAAUCGAGCGGUACAAGCUGGUCAAGAAGGGUGAUCUGGAUGCUGCAUCUCAGAUUCCCAAGGGUACACUGGGCACCACGACCGGAGUCUCAACAAAUGCAAACAACGAGCUCUCUCUUAUCGAUUUCGACCCGGAGCCUGAACCCAGCUCCAACGGCAACGAGGCUGGGCCAUCCCAGGGCGGUAGCUCCUUGGAGAAUGACUUGCUCGGCCUUUCAUUGGGUGAACAAGCUCCUUCUCCCGGAGGUGGUAUCUCUCUCGGAUCUUCCAUAAAUUUCCCCUCUGUGUCAGCAAGCUCAACACCGCCUGUUCAAUCACAACCUCAACAGCAGGCGCCAGCAGCCUUUAAACCCAAUUAUGAUAUUCUUUCUUCUAUGAACAGUUCGCGACCUGUCUCUCAAUCUCCCACCCCCGUCAUGGGGGUCUCGCCCCAAGUCCAGUCCACAGCGACUCCGCCACCAGCGGCUGACCCAUUUGCAUCGCUCGUCUCUGCCAGCCCACGGGCAACAUCUAGUCCCUUCCAACCACCGGCACAAAGUCAACCUGCUCCCGCUUCGUCGUCAUUGCUUGACCUGGUCGGAGGCACGGGUCCGUCCCCGCAACCGGCGCGGCAGGCCGCUUCAGUGGAAGAUGAUGAGUGGGAUUUCGCAUCCGCAUUGCCAGCGAGUAAUGCACUUCCAUCGACCAACAAGAUCCAAGUCCUCAACUCUCAGCUCCGUGUUGAUUUUGCUGCGCGCCGGGUGCCGAACCAGCCACGCCAGAUCCACGUUGUAGCCAUCUUCUCAAACACAACCAGUCAACGUAUUGGAGAUCUCCAUUUCCAGGUCGCUGUGGAGAAGUCCUACACACUACAGCUUCGGCCGCAAUCGGGCCGAGACAUUGCACCUCAGCAGCAAAAUGGGGUCCAGCAGGAGAUGCUCAUGGACGGAAUUGAUGUUGGAAAGGGCAACUCGGUUAAAAUUCGAUUCAAGGUGUCUUACAAGCUGGGUGGCGAGGCCCGUGAGGAACAGGGGAUGGUGCCACCGCUGGGAAUUGCCUAA